AAAUCUGGGACUCCCCCCAGCACAUUAAUACCCCCCUCAUUGCCCAUUACUGGCAGUCCUAUUCCUGCUUCAUUCAGAGGGCUCCGUCCACAAGGGUCAGGUAUCACAUAAACCGCCAAGAUGUCUAAAAUCUCGGCUUCCCGUAAGACACACCUGAAGAGCUUGAUGCUCCAGGUGGCCAAAACUGCUCUUGAGAAAGAAGAAGCUGAUGCGGCCGCUGAGAAGGAAAGUUACCUGGCCGAGCACUGUCAACCACUGAGUCUACCACAUUCCCUGCAGGAGCUGCAGGAACUGUGCAAAAAGUUGCAUGCCAAGAUCGAUGUGGUAGACGAGGAGAGAUACGACAUGGAGAUGAAAGUCCAAAAGAGCAGCAAGGAGCUGGAAGACUUAAACCAGAAAAUCUUUGACCUGAGAGGUAAAUUCAAGAGGCCACCACUGAGACGUGUACGUAUGUCUGCUGAUGCCAUGCUUCGUGCUUUGCUUGGUUCCAAGCACAAGGUCAACAUGGAGCUCCGUGCCAACCUCAAGCAGGUCAAGAAAGAGGACACUGACAAGGAGAAGGAUCUCCGUGAUGUUGGUGACUGGCGUAAGAACAUUGAAGAGAAAUCCGGCAUGGAAGGCAGAAAGAAGAUGUUCGAGUCUGAGGCCUAAGCCCCCUUUUCAUGACCACGGCUGUCCAACCCGAAGCUGCCAAAGACACCCACUUCAACAUAGCACAGCUUUUUCCUGGCGACUUCGGCGUUAACCCCUCUGCUGCUCAUCUUACCCAUGUUUACAGCAGCCUAGGGGUUAAUGAAGCCUUUCCUCCAUCCUCUCCUCACUUAAAACCCAAGAGAAUGUCUUACAGUAUGUCAUGGACUGGUAAGGGGAACGCAGGUUUGUGGUUCCCCUCUGCUGAAGCCACAGUUUGGUUCUGCAGGUGCUGUGUUAUGUGGACGUGAGAACAUAACCGUGUAAAUAAAGCUUGUGAAGUCCUUUAUGGUUUAUGAUACCUGA